CUUAAAUGUUUAUAGAAACUGAAGUUGAUUUUGCACUGUACAGCAAAUCGGACGGACAAUCUCUCUAGAGAGUACAAUCUUAGUUCGGCCUUUUGAUUUUAAAGUGCAAUUUAAUAUGACAUCUAUCGGUAUUGAUUUGGGCACAACCUAUUCUUGCGUCGGAGUCUUCCAACAUGGAAAAGUGGAGAUCAUCGGCAACGACCAAGGAAACAGAACAACACCAAGUUAUGUGGCGUUUACUAGUUCCGAGCGAUUAAUCGGAGACGCAGCAAAGAACCAGGCGGCAUUGAAUCCACUUUACACCCUUUACGACGCUAAACGUCUGAUUGGAAGAAAAUUCGCUGAUGAUACAGUCCAGAGGGACAUGAAACAUUGGCCGUUUAAAGUGAUCGACGAUGGCGGUAAGCCCAAGUUUCAGGUAAAAUACAAACAUGAAACAAAGGUCUUUCGUCCAGAGGAAAUCAGCUCCAUGGUUUUAACAAAGAUGAAGGAAACAGCUGAAGCCUAUUUGGGUAAAACAAUUAUCAACGCAGUCAUCACAGUCCCAGCUUAUUUCAACGAUUCUCAAAGAUUAGCCACAAAAGACGCUGGAACUAUUGCUGGAUUAAACGUUCUGAGAAUCAUCAACGAACCAACAGCCGCUGCCCUGGCUUAUGGACUGGACAAAUAUCUUUCUGGUGAGAAAAAUGUUCUGAUUUUCGAUUUGGGAGGAGGAACCUUUGAUGUCUCUAUCCUGACGAUUGACGAAGGUUCCUUGUUCGAGGUGAAAUCUACUUCUGGAGACACCCAUCUCGGAGGAGCAGAUUUCGACCAGAGAUUGGUGGAUUAUUUUGUCAAAGAAUUCAGGAAAAAAAACAAGAAAGACAUGUCUAAAAAUGCAAAAGCUAUCGGAAGACUAAGAAAUAGCUGUGAACGAGCUAAGAGAACUCUGUCCAGCACCACUGUUGCCAGUAUUGAGAUCGACUCAUUGUUUGACGGGGUCGAUUUCUACACCAAUAUAUCCAGAGCCAAGUUCGAAGAUCUAUGUGCAGAUUUGUUUAAAAGUACAAUGGAUCCAGUAAAGAAAGCUCUGAAAGAUGCUAAAAUGGACAAGAAACAGAUCAAUGAAAUCGUUUUGGUCGGAGGAUCAACAAGAAUUCCAAAGAUACAGAAACUGCUUCAGGAGUUCAUGAAUGGUAGAGAGCUGAAUAAAUCCAUCAACCCGGAUGAAGCUGUUGCUUAUGGAGCAGCUGUUCAAGCUGCCAUCUUGAGUGGAGACAAGAGUGAAAUCAUUAAAAAUGUACUAUUAGUAGAUGUAACGCCCUUGUCCCUUGGCGUUGAAACUAUCGGUGGAGAAAUGAACAUUUUGAUUCCACGUAAUACUAAAAUCCCUGCCGAGGCACGUGGCAUGUUCACGACAUAUUACGACAACCAAACUCGCGUUUAUUUUGAUGUUUAUGAAGGAGAACGUCCGUUGACCAAGGACAACAAUUUACUGGGAGAUAUUGAGCUGUCAGAUAUCCCACCUGCAAAAAUGGAAGUUCCGGACAUCGAGAUCACCUUCAGUAUUGAUGCCGAUGGUAUUAUGAAUGUAUCUGCCGAAGACAAACAUACUGGGAACUCUAAUCAGAUCACCAUUUCUAAUAACAGAGAUCGUCUAAGCCAGAGUGAGAUUGUCCGACUAGUUCAUGAAGCAGAGAUGUACAAAGAAGAGGACAGUAAACAGUUGGAAAAAGUAGCGUCUAGAAAUAAGCUUGAUUCUUAUGUUUACAGUGUCAAGCCCUCUCUUGAAGGUGCAGUCCAAAAAUUGGCCCCUAAAAACAAGGAGUUAGUGAAUAAAGUAUAUGAUGAGGUAGUAAAUUUAUUGGAAAAAAUUGAUCUGGAAGAGAAGGAAGUAUAUGAGAAGAAGUUGGCAGAAGUCGAGAACAUCUGUUACCUCCUCACAAUCAAGAUGAAUGUUGCAUCUGUUGGAGGGGGAGGUGAUAAUCUUAGUACUGUGUCCAGAUCUUGAAGUUGAUUAGAGAGCCGAGAGGGAGAUUUUCUAGCCUUUUAAAAUGCAUUUAGGGCAAUAGCAACCCAUGCAACAUUCCGGUUUUAAAACCUUCUAAAAAUCCUUUCAAUGCCAACAUCAAUCAUCUGGAACCCGCACUGUAAACAACCGUAUAUAAAUACGUAAAUAUGAAAAUUUUUACUUGUUCAUGUUGAUUUUUUAAUGUUCAAAUUACGUUCACUUUUGUUAUUCCAGAAGUAUUUAUGUAAAUUUAUGAAUUACAAAAUGUCCAGUGUGAAAUUACCUAAACUGACAGGCAAAAGAAAGUUUUCACCGACUUCAUUUGACCACACACCAAAGACAAAGGCAUAUUUGAGAUAUACGAUGAUUGAUUUAUUAAUAGAAAUCAAUCUCCUUGAAUUAAAAAGAAAAUACAUUGUAAUACCGAUAUUCAAUUAUCCACAAUACGCAAAGGAAGAGUCAAGGGGUCAAAAUUAAAAAUUAAACAAACCAGAGUUCAUUGCAAAAGUGUAUAAAGAAUUUAUUCCAUGACAGUAAAAACAGGCAAAACGUCAACAGUGGCCGUGUACGCAAACACACGCCUCCUCAUUGACGGCGGUUAUCCCAGAGAUGUUCAAUGGGGUUCAUGUCUGGGGAACAAGGUGGUCAGAGCAGUACUUCGACGUUGGUAUUGUUCAGAUGUCUUGAACAAUUCGAGGCCUUGCGUUGUCUUGUUGUAAAAUUAAUCCUCUUGGCCGUUGUUGAAUAAAAGGCACUACAACAGGUC